CGGAGAAGCCAGACUUUGGCAAUGUUUCUGUCAAGUGGGAGGAGCGAGGACCAGGAAGAGUGGAGGACAACAUGAUGCUUGACUGCCCUGCUGGCUACCGAAGCACUGACCACCUGCACCUCAAGAACACCUUCGUCACCUGCACCGACCAGGGCUGGGAGAACAUUGACCCCUGUGUAAAAGUGUGUCUGGAGGAAGACCUAGAGGGCGUAGCAAUAGAGGAAGAGGAGCCAGGCGUGUGGAGAGUGGAUGAGGUGGUGACGCGCGCCUGCCCUGAGGACCUCCUUACCUUUGACAAGGCUCUCAACAUCAGUGACUUCAUAUGCACCGCCGACGGCUGGAUCAACCCCGACCCCUGCGUCAACGUGUGCCGCGAGAGGCUGUACCCGGUCAAUGGACACGCCAACUGGGACCAAAGGAUCUGGACGGCAGGGCACGAGCUGCUGGUGGUGUGCCUGUCGCAGCACCACGUGUCGCCCGAUGUCUACUCCUAUACUGUCCCCUGCACUGACUCUGGCUGGCACAGCGUGAAGUCCUCCUGCUCCUACUGUGAGUAUUCCUGUGUCCUCCAUGCUCACUAAUGCUUUUCUCCUCUCCUCUCCUCUCUCCCCUCCCCUCUCCUCUCCUCUCCUCUCUCCCCUCCCCUCUCCUCUCUUUUCCUCUCCU